GCGGGGAUCUUCAGCAUGCACUCCUGUGAGGAAGGAUUUGCCACAGGAGGACGAGACGGCUGCGUACGCCUUUGGGAUACGGACUUCAAACCCAUCACCAGGAUUGACCUAAGAGAGGCCGAGCAGGGCUACAAAGGUCUGUCGAUUCGCAGCGUGUGCUGGAAAGCGGACCGGAUCCUGGCAGGGACUCAGGACAGUGAGAUCUUUGAGGUGAUGGUUCGAGACCGGGACAAACCGGUUCUCCUGAUGCAGGGUCACAGUGAGGGGGAGCUGUGGGCGCUGGACCUCCACCCCAAACAACCAGUGGCUGUUACCGGGAGCGACGACCGCUCAGUCAGGGACAUGACUGAGGUGGUCCACAUUAAGGACAGAAAGGAGGUGAUCCAUGAGCUCAAGUUCUCUCCAGAUGGCUCCUUCCUGGCAGUAGGAUCCAAUGAUGGACUGGUCGAUAUCUACGCUGUUGCUCAGCGCUACAAGAAGGUUGGUGAGUGCAACCGCUCCACCUCCUUCAUCACCCACCUGGACUGGUCUGUGGACAGCCGCUUUCUGCAGACCAAUGAUGGUUCUGGAGAGCGAAUCUUCUACAGGAUGCCAGCUGGAAAGUUGGUUCCUAAAGAGGAAGCCAAAGGGAUCCACUGGAUAACGUGGACAGGUGUCAUUGGACCCGAGGUGAACGGGAUCUGGGCCAAAUACUCCAACGUCACAAACAUGAAUUCUGUGCACGCCAACUACAGCAGUGCUGUCCUGGUGACCGGGGAUGAUCUGGGUCUCAUCAGGCUCUUCAGGUUUCCCUGCCUGAAAAAAGGGGCCAAGUUUAAAAAGUACAUUGGACACUCGGCCCAUGUGACCAACGUUCGCUGGUCCAGUGACCUGCAGUGGGUCAUCAGCACCGGGGGUGCCGACCAUGCCAUCUUCCAGUGGAGGUUCCUUCCUGAAAGUGUCAUGAAUGGUGUUUUGGAGCCGCUUCUUCAAGAGGGUUACGCUGACUCAAACAGCGGCGAGUCGGACUCGGAUGUGUCGGAUGUCCCAGAACUGGACUCAGACAUCGAACAAGAAGCUCAGACCAAUUAUGAGCGCCAAGUGUAUAAGGAGGACCUACCUCAGCUCAAAAAGAAGCUGACUGGUUCCCUGAAGCGUCAGAAAGUGCCGGAGGAGGGCCUUCGCCUGCAGUUUGUUCAUGGGUACAGAGGCUUCGACUGUCGGAACAACUUAUUCUACAGUCAGACCGGGGAGGUGGUGUUCCACGUAGCUGCUGUCGCCAUCAUCUACAACCGGCUGCAGCACAGCCAGCGGUUUUAUCUUGGACACGAUGACGACAUCCUCAGCCUCACUGUCCAUCCGCUCAAAGACUACGUGGCCUCUGCACAGGUGGGCCGAGACCCAGCGAUCCACGUCUGGGACGUCCAAACCCUGAAGUGUCUGUCACUGCUCAAAGGACACCACAGCAAAGGGGUGUGUGCUCUGGACUUUACAGCGGACGGCAAGAGUUUAGUUUCUGUGGGAAUCGAUGAAUUUCACUCCAUCGUCAUCUGGGACUGGAAGAAAGGAGAGCGACUGGCCAAGACCAGGGCUCAUAAAGAGAAGAUCUUUGUGGUGAAAAGUAACCCGUUCAGGAUAGACAAGCUGGUGACCGUGGGAAUGAAACACAUCAAGUUCUGGCAGCAUUCAGGUGGGGGUCUGACCUUUAGACGGGGGAUCUUCGGAAACCUGGGGAAGCAGGAGACCAUGAUGACGGCGUGUUACGGUCGGUCUGAGGAUCUGGUCUUCACCGGAGCCACCAACGGAGACGUCUAUAUCUGGAAGGACACAUCCCUCAUCAAGACUGUCAAAGCUCACGAUGGACCUGUCUUCUCCAUGUGUUCCCUGGACAAGGGUUUUGUGACAGGGGGGAAGGACGGCGUGGUGGAGCUGUGGGACGACAUGUUUGAGCGAUGUUUGAAGACCUAUGCCAUAAAGCGAGCUGCUUUAUCUCCGUCCUCUAAAGGCCUGCUGCUGGAGGACAACCCGUCCAUCAGAGCCAUCACUCUGGGUCACGGUCACAUCUUGCUCGGAACCAAGAACGGAGAAAUCCUGGAGAUCGAUAAGAGUGGGCCAAUGACACUGCUGGUUCAGGGUCACAUGGAAGGGGAGGUGUGGGGUUUGGCAGUUCAUCCCCUACUUCCUGUCUGUGCCUCCGUCAGCGAUGAUAAAACUCUGAGAAUCUGGGAGCUGUCAGCCAAUCACAGGAUGGUUGCUGUCCGUAAACUGAAGAAAGGCGGGCGGUGCUGCGCCUUUUCUCCGGACGGUAAAGCUCUGGCUGUGGGUCUGAACGACGGCAGCUUCAUGGUGGUGAACGCAGACACGCUGGAGGACAUGGUGACCUUUCACCACCGCAGGGAUCUCAUCUCAGACAUUCGUUUCUCCCAAGAUGUAGGCAAGUACCUGGCCGUGGCUUCCCAUGAUUCUUUUGUGGACAUCUACAACAUCCUGACGAGUAAAAGGGUCGGCAUUUGUAAAGGAGCUGGAAGCUUCAUCACUCACAUGGACUGGGACUCCAGAGGUAAACUGCUCCAGGUGAACACUGGAGCUAAGGAGCAGUUGUUCUUCGAGGCUCCACGAGGACACAAACAGAGCAUCAGUGUGGCCGAGUUUGAGAAGUUGGACUGGGCCACCUGGACCUCAGUUCUGGGUCCCACCUGUGAAGGAAUAUGGCAGACUCUCAGCUUCAUUAAUGCAGCUUCUCUCACCAAAGAUCGUAAACUUCUGGCCACGGGAGAUGACUUCGGCUUUAUUAAACUCUUCAGCUUCCCAUCCAGGGGCCAGUUUGCCAAGUUUAAGAAGUACGUGGGUCACAGCACCAAUGUGACAAAUGUCCGCUGGUCUAAUGACGACUCCAUGCUGUUGUCUGUGGGCGGAGCCGACACUGCGCUGAUGAUCUGGACCAGAGAACCACCAGGUCACAAAGAGAGCAAAGCCUUGGACAGCGAGGAGUCAGAUGACGACUCUGAGGAAGACGGAGGGUAUGACAGUGACAUUGCUUGGGAGAAAGGGGUGGACUAUGUAGCUAAGAUCUAUUCAGCAAGUACCAGGAACAUGUCAGGAACCAAACCUCACCUACAACAUCGAGAGCUUCCUGUGGAGGAGAGGCCUCCUGUGAGCCGAGCUGUUCCGCUGCCUGACAAGCUGCUGAAGAACAACGUGACCAAGAAGAAGAAGGUGGUGGAGGAGCUGGUUCUGGAACACAUCUUUGGUUACAGAGGCUUUGACUGCCGCAACAACCUGCAUUACCUCAACGAUGGUGCUGACAUCAUCUUCCACACCGCUGCUGCUGUGAUCAUCCAGAACCUGUCUGCUGGAACUCAAAGUUUCUAUCUGGAACACACCGACGACAUCCUCUGUCUGACUGUCAAUCAACACCCCAAGUACCAGAACAUCAUUGCCACGGGCCAGAUCGGUGACCUCUCUGACCUGACAGGUCUUGCUCCAUCCAUCCACGUGUGGGACGCGGUGACCAAGCAGACCCUGUCCAUCCUGCGCUGCUCUCAUGCUAAAGGUGUCGGCUACGUGAACUUCAGCGCCACCGGGAAGCUUCUGCUGUCUGUGGGCGUGGAACCAGAACACACCAUCACAGUGUGGAGGUGGCAGGAAGGAUCUAAGGUGACCAGUAAAGGGGGCCACUCUGAGCGGAUCUUUGUGGUGGAGUUCAGACCCGACUCUGACACCCAGUUUGUGUCUGUGGGAAUCAAACACAUCAAGUUCUGGACUCUGGUUGGAGGGUCGCUCAUGUAUAAGAAAGGUGUGCUGGGCUCGGUGGAGGACAGCCGCAUGCAGACCAUGCUGUCCGUGGCAUUUGGAGCUAACAACCUGACGUUUACCGGAGCCAUCAAUGGAGAUGUGUACGUCUGGAGGGAACACUUCCUGGUUCGAGUCGUGGCCAAAGCUCACAGCGGUCCGGUCUUCACCAUGUACACCACGCUGAGGGACGGCCUCAUCGUUACCGGAGGCAAGGAACGCCCGACCAAAGAGGGGGGAGCCGUGAAGCUGUGGGACCAGGAGAUGAAGCGCUGCCGGGCCUUCCAGCUGGAGACCGGUCAGCCAGUGGAGAACGUCCGAUCCGUCUGCAGAGGCAAGGGUAAGAUUCUGGUGGGAACAAAAAAUGGUGAGAUCAUAGAGGUUGGAGAGAAGAAUGCUGCGUCCAACGCCAUGAUCAACGGACACACUCAGGGAGGGAUCUGGGGCUUAGGAGCUCAUCCUUUCAAAGAUGUCUUCAUCUCAGCCAGCGAUGAUGGGACCAUCCGGAUAUGGGACCUGGCUGACAAGAAAUUGCUGAAUAAGGUGAGUUUGGGUCACCCUGCCAAGUGCACGUCCUACAGUCCAAACGGAGAGAUGGUUUCCAUCGGCAUGGAGAACGGAGAGUUCAUCGUCCUGCUCGUCAACUCACUCACCGUCUGGGGCAAGAAGAGGGACCGCAGUGCUUCCAUCCAGGAUAUCCGUUUCAGCCCGGAUAACCGGUUCCUGGCAGUGGGUUCRGUUGAAAGCGCCGUUGAUUUCUACGACCUUUCUCUUGGCUCAUCACUUAAUCGAAUCGGUUACUGCAAGGACAUCCCCGGCUUUGUGAUCCAGAUGGACUUCUCUGCUGACAGCAAACACAUCCAGGUGUCCACCAGCACCUACACCCGACAGGUSCACAUGGUUCCAUCAGGGAAGAUGGUCACAGAACUACCCAUUAUCGAAAGAACCACCUGGGCAAGCUGGACCAGCAUCCUCGGGGAUGAAGUUCUGGGCAUUUGGCCUCGAAACGCCGAUAAGGCCAACGUGAACUGCGCCUGCGUUUCCCACGCCGGCCUCAGCCUGGUGACCGGAGACGACUUCGGUCUCAUCAAGCUCUUCGACUUCCCCUGCACUGAAAAAUAUGCCAAACACAAGCGUUACUUCGGUCACUCCCCUCAUGUGACUAACAUCCGCUUCUCCUGUGACGAUAAACAUGUCAUCAGUGCUGGAGGCAGUGACUGCAGCCUGUUUGUGUGGAGAUGUCAGUGAAGUUUUGGGAGUCCAGAUGAACGCUUGUCCUCAGAUUCCUGUUACUGUCCUCGAAGGACCAGAAGUCUGGUUUUAUGCCCUCUGAACUGACUCUGGAUCAGUUUCCUGCUGCUGACAGAGGGUGGAGUACCUCUAUUCUGGCACAGAGGCUUUUCCUUGUUGCAUCUGAUGAAGUUUCAGGUCUUUUCUUUUGUUAGACUGAUGGAGAAAUGUUUGAGCUCCAGCAGCCAUGUAGCCGUGUGAUGUAGCGUGUUCCUGUGUUCGUGCCUUUUCUACAACCUCUGACCAAACAUUUGAUAAGAUCAUGGUGCUGUAACAAUUUAGGGCUUUUACACAUGUGGAUGCUAAAUUCAUUUGUUUUUUUUUUCUUUUUGUGAUGAUGAUGAUGUAGUUCCCUGCAUGAAAGUAAAACAAAGGAAAUAUAGAUCUGUGACAGACAUUAAGAACUGAAGGUUUUAAAAACUAGUUUGUUAAUAAACUCUACCUCUAAAACAAAGAAAAACAAAGAAGUAUUUGGUAAGAACUAAAUGUUAAAAUGUUUGUUUGUGACUCCAGCUGAUGAUCUCUGCUGGUCCUUCUGUAAUACAUCUAGGUUCCUGUAGCUCCAACRGUUCGAUUCCUUCAGUCUGAACUGGUUUCUGUCAAAUAUGAAAUGUCUUUAAAUUAAGUAAACAACAAAACAAGAGGCUAGACUCUUCUGCAGAAAGUAACAAUCUUUAGUUUCAUUCUGACUCUGUGCUGCAGAUAUUUGAUGAUAAUUGUAGUUCUAUGAAAGUUUUGGUCCUAAAUGAUAUGUGAUAAAUAGUGUUUAAAAAGCCUAAAUAUAUGAGUGUUUUGGACUUUGUGUGUCCACACUACACAUGCCCGCAUUUUGGUCAAAAUAGAGUAGAUUUAAAGAGAGAGAACGAUAUUUUGUCAUUUCCUAUGUGGCAAUCCUGAAACUCCUGGACUCUGGGGAUAUGGAGUGUCAAGGAGGAGAAAUUAAAGUUCCUCUUUAAUUGUUUAAUUGAUUCUUUGUUUAAUAGAAAAUCUGAAAGUCAGAAUGGAUCAACUUUGUGACAUUUAUUUUAUAAAUGAAUAAAACUACAGGACAGAACAAUUGUG